AUGCUUGGAGUGGACAUGUACCCCAGUUUGACUCUGGGACCUCAGAGGCUUGCAGACUGCUACUACAGAGAUCGGGAGCCAUUGUUCCCUGUGGCAUGUGAUGCAACGGCAUCCAAAGCCCUGCCCCCGAGGCUAGUGGCUCCCCCACCAGUCCACAGUGAGCCUGCCCCACACGCACAAAAAGAUGAAGUGAAGAUGGAGCUGGAGAACUCUUCCCUGUGGAAGCAGUUCAGCUCGGUGGGAACGGAGAUGAUCAUCACCAAAAAGGGCAGACGGAUGUUUCCAGGUAUGAAGUUGAAGCUGUCCGGCCUGCACCCAUCCCUCCGCUACAUCCUUCUCCUGGACAUUACCCCACUGGACAACUCCCGCUACCGCUUCCAAGGAGGAGGAUGGCAGGCGGUCGGCGGAGCCGAGGCUAGGCUACCGGACCGAGUGUUCAUCCACCCGGAUUCCCCUGCCACUGGCACUCACUGGCAGAGCCGCACCAUCUCCUUUCACUACGCCAAGCUCACCAACAACACCCUGGACUCACAGGGACAUAUCAUCCUGCACUCGCUGCAUCGCUACCAACCCAGAGUGCACGUAAUUGAGGCCAGGGACAUGUUGAGGUGGGGUGGAGGACAGCACUCCUUCAUCUUCCCUGAGACACAGUUUAUAACAGUCACCGCUUACCAGAACAUCAAGAUCACAGAGCUGAAAAUCAACUCCAACCCCUUUGCCAAAGGCUUCCGGGAAGAAGGCAUGAACAGCAAAAAACAAAGAGAUGCAAGACAGAAGCGCAAACUAGCUGUCCUGUCGGAAACAGUGGAUAUAGUGAACUGCAACCCAUGUGACUCCACUCAGCUCUUAUCCCAUCCUGACACCACCCCUGCUGUUCCUGCCACUCCAACCAACACCAGUCCUAACGCUACCGGAGCAAACCUUCAGAACCUCACCUUGGCCUCCCUGGACCCUCUGCCUGUUGACCCCUCAUGUGGGUUUACACCAGAGGAAGCCCCCUUCCAGGGCACCCUCAUACCAGAGCAGCCUCUGGACCUUGGCCAGGCCUUCAUGGCGUCACAGAUGCCUGACAUCAGCCUCUCCAUGAGUGGUGGGAUGGAGGAUGCAACAGGAAGUGAGGUUACAAAUAGUAUAAUUGAAAGUUCAAACACCUUGGGUGAGGCGGCAUUCAACUCCUCCUUUCCUACAGCUCAGACCAGCUCUUCUUCCUUCGCUCCUCUCCCUCAGUCCUCCACCUUCCCUGCUUCCUCAAACGAGCCUCCGAUGGACUACCCCUCCAUGCUCUCCUCCACCUCCUCAUCUCCCACCCUGUCCAUCGCAUCCUCCACGUCGCCUUCCCUACAGCAGACCACCUUCACCUUUCCCACUCCUCCACCGUCCAACUCCUCCUCGCCGCAGUCACUCCCCUCCUGCGCCACCUCUUCUUCUUCUCCCUCCUAUCACACAAUCCCUGCAGCCAACCCAGACAUGAUGAGCCCACACACCCCUACCGAGCACACCUCUUUUCCUCCCCUGCAGUGUCAAUCCCAAGACCAAAUGUCCCUUCUCAUGCAACAAGAUGAUGCCCUUUCCAACAAUGGUAACAAUUCCCCCGCUGAGCAAAAUGCAGAGGUAUUCAUUUAUCCGAAUCCUGAUCCCACUCAGGUAAUCGCUCUACCUGUCCCCACUCAAAACCAAGCUCCCGCACAGCCCACUCUUGGUGCAUCCUUUGCUUUCCCGCCACACAUGCAGAACAUGUCAUUCCCAAACAUGACCUCCAGCCAGGCCCUUCACCUUUCCAGCCUGACCCACCAAGCACAAGCCAAUUUCCCUACCACUUCAUCCUUCACUCACUCGCCUUCCUCCCUGCCUUUCCAACCUUCCUCUCGCUUCGCCUCCACUCCAUCUCUGCCCCCAGGAGCUCACCCUCAAAACCUUGCCAAUCCGCCGCCCUCAUAUUCCUCGGUGGAGUUCCCCUACCGCUCUGACAUGAUGCUGCACCACUCCUCCCUUCUCCCUCAGCGGGAGCCGCCCCUUCCUUCCUGCCUUCCGCCCUCCACUGCCGCCCCAACCAUCUAUCCGCCAUUUUCCUCCUAUCCUCUUCGGCUGUGCCAGGACCCUCACCCGUCCCUCUCCAUCCCCCUCAGGCAUCUGUAUAGACAUCAGCAUGGUCACACACACCCCCAGGGGUCCUUCCUGGACAUGAGCACUAGAGCUGUGUUCUAG